AUGCUCCGCUCCUCUCCGCCAAGUUUCUCGGCCGCUUUCCGUGCUCGCCGCCCGCACGCUCACGCCCGUCUCGUCGUCAUCCCCGUCAGCUUCAACUUCCCACAACUAACACAACUGCCAAGCGCGGACCCCGUCUCCGGCCUAGCCCGCCCGCCCGCCCGCCCGCAACCGUCCCUCUUGGCAGGAAACCCCUUACUGCGGGCUCAAGUCACUCCGGCCUCUACCUCCUCUGACCCCCGCUUCCCACAACUGUUGUCACUCGAGCUGCUCCCUAGUUUCCAUUUCCGGGCCGUCCCAGGCCCUGGAGCCUCCCCUCUCCCGGUUUCCGGGCCCCCAUCCCAUUUCCGGGGAACCCUUGCCGUCUUCACACUCCCCACCUGCACUUCCGGCCCCCCACUUUCUCUCUUCCUAGACGCCCUCCAAGCUCCAGAGCCCACUUCCGGCCCCCCCACCCCCUCCGGGCUCCCUAACACCCGCACGCCUCACCCCGGCUCCGAGAACGGCCCUCCUCAUGGCGGAGGACAGAAGGAGGCACCCACCGGCCGCCCCCCUCAGCUCCCCCACGGUCCGGGUCCCUCCGGCCGCCGUCUCCCUCGAGCGCCUUCCCAGUCAACCCCCGGCCCAGUCCUUCCGCAGUCCCGCCGCCGGCGCCGGGAGAAGGCCGAGCGGGGGCCGAGCCGCGGCGCUGACACAACUGGGCUUCCUGGGACUUUCUGUUCGAGCUCCUCCCCCCAACCCCGCCUGGCCCCGCCGCUCGCAACUGCGCCUCAGUUACCUAGUUUGGCCCCAAAGUCUUCGGUCCGGACUCGGUGGCGCGGCAAUAACUUCCACUCGCUCCCCCCACCCCCCGACGGCGGCAGCGGUGGUGGUGGCGGCGGCUCCUCGGGUCCCUUCAAUUAUCAGCUGAGCCGCAGCACCGCGGCCGGCGUGCGCCUCCGUCCGCGCCGCCUCCCUCCUCGCUAUUCCAACACCCUCUGGGAACUACUUUUCCCUCCGGCUGCGCAGACGGGCUCGUCCGCGGGACAGGCCCCGCUGCCUACUCGCGGCCCAUCGCAUCGCCCCUCCCUCUCCCAACGCCCGAAUCGACUUCCCCAGCGGCCUGCAAUCUCCUCCCGAUCCCUUCGAGGGACCAGGAAGGGGAAUAUGAAGCUUCACUUGAUAUCCCUCCGCCGGGGUCACCCCCCGCCCCUCCGUGGUAGCAGGAACUAA